AUGCUGGCUCAGUCGGCAGCAGAAUAUGUGAAGUCCCGCCUGCCUGAAGUCCUAAAACAACAUCUUCAAGACUACGAGAAGGACAAGGAGAACAGUGUACUGUCUUACCAAACCAUCCUGGAACAGCAGAUUUUAUCAAUUGAUCGAGAAAUGCUGGAGAAGUUGACUGUAUCCUAUGAUGAAGCAGGUACAACCUGUUUGAUCGCACUGUUGUCAGAUAAAGAACUCACGGUGGCCAACGUUGGUGAUUCGCGAGGAGUCUUGUGUGACAAGGAUGGGAAUGCUAUCCCCUUGUCACACGAUCACAAGCCCUACCAACUGAAAGAGAGGAAGAGGAUUAAAAGAGCUGGUGGUUUUAUCAGCUUCAAUGGCUCCUGGCGUGUUCAGGGGAUCCUGGCCAUGUCCCGCUCGUUAGGAGAUUACCCUCUGAAGAACCUGAAUGUUGUCAUUCCCGACCCCGAUAUUCUUACCUUUGACCUGGACAAACUGCAGCCAGAGUUCAUGAUCUUGGCGUCGGAUGGUCUGUGGGAUGCUUUCAGCAACGAGGAAGCUGUCCGAUUCAUCAAGGAACGCUUGGAUGAACCACACUUCGGCGCAAAGAGUAUAGUUCUACAGUCCUUUUACAGAGGAUGUCCUGAUAACAUAACAGUGAUGGUGGUGAAGUUCAGGAAUAGCAGCAAAACAGAAGAACAGUAA